UUCUGUAUUCUGUGGAACAGGAGUGAGCUGCUGUAUGUUUACACGUGACGCGAGUUGAAGUUUGUCAUUUGAAGAGGUUUGAGCAGCACGCUGACUGCAACUUAAUAGACGAAAAUUAAACUUAUACCUAUAUACCUAUAAGAAGCAAAAAGGAACAAGGUCACAGCAAAUGGAAAAUGCUCGUUCCAGGAUGUAGAGAAUGAUGUUAACGUUACUAUUUUUAAUUGAUUUGUGAAAAUAAGAUUGACGACUGAGAAAAACGCUGAAGAACCGUAAUGGGUCAACGAUGUGACUCUGGAGCGAAACAAACAAAUGUCUGAUCGUGGACUUUCCGUGACUGUGUAAAUCGGGACGUUGCGUCACACUGGACUUUUUUGCUUGCAAUGUGAGCGAUGGCAUGGCAGAAUGUAAAAGUGCACUUUGUUAUAGUACUUUACGUGUGGAUAUGCUCUCAAGCCUCUUGUGAAGUGGUUUUAAACUGCUGGUGGAAUCAAGCUAUUCCUGUGGGCCGCAAUGUGUCUGUUGUGUGCCACAUGAGUACACUGGCAAGAGCAAACAGUUGUGGUCUCUGCCAGCUUAAUGUUAUCACACAGGGCCACAGACAUCAGUUUCCCAGCACAUGUGCCAGUACCAAAGAAACCUUCAACUUUUCUAUAGCAACAGAAGACAGGGAGCAAAUUCACUGCAUGUGCAAUGGAAGUACAGCAGAUACAUGCAACAUUACAGUAAGAGGAGGCUAUCCACCAUCUCCCCCGUCCCGCCCUGAUUGUGCUAUUGAAGACUUGGAAGUAGAAGACAUUUACUGCUCUUGGACCAAAUCCAAUGAGCCAAUGAUUCCAACUGUUUACACCCUUCACUGGAAGGAUUAUGAUGGGAAUGUUAAAUCCAGGGAAAGCAGUAGUGAGAGUGCAGUCAUAAACCGGGCUGAGUAUAUGAAAAGCACUUACACUACAGCAUGGGUCACUGCCAAAAACGUGCUGGGUUCUGCACAGUCUGAAAAUUCUGUCUUCGACACGGGCCAUAUCAAACGGCCAGACCCCCCAUACAAUAUUAACCUCACCUCUGCGCCGCUGGAGUUCAUCUGGGACAUGGACUGUGAUAGAAUGGGCCCCUUAGACAAGAGCUGUCAAGUGCAGUACCAUGAGAACAAUCACAUGGACUGGAUUGAGGUGGAUGAUUGCCAGGUCAUGUUUGUGUUGGAGGAUCCCCAGCCAUUCACACAGUACCGUUUUCGUGUUCGAUGCCACUGUGGACAUGAAGAGAAAGUCAUGAGUUACUGGAGUUCAGUGUAUUCAGUCAGAACGCCUCCUGCAGCACCAGUUGGACAGCUGGAUGUUUGGAGUGACUGUGCCCCUAAUUCUGACAAGUCUUCCUGUAAAGUCUAUUGGAAGGAAAUGCCCCUGUCUCAGGCUAGAGGGGAAAUUAUCAGCUAUGUUGUAAUGCUGAAGCUUGAAAAUGGCACGCAGGUCACCAGGCAACAGAGAGACACUGAAUGUCUGCAUCCUGCUGAACAGAGCUGCCUGCAGCUCAGAUGUUUCCCACUCAAGCCGGGUGUUAUGGGAGUUUUUGUGUCAGCCAACACCUCAAUGGGCACAUCGAACCCCACAUUCAUGCCGUUUGCUGUGAGGGGACAGACGACGCCUGAGGUGAAUCUGAGUGUAAUGGGUGAGAACCAGACGCUGCUGGUCUCAUGGGCUGUACACCAACAGUUCUCUGAGAGUGUUCUGGAGUAUGUGGUACAGCACGUGUCUGUAGUACCUCACUCAUGCCUGAACUGGGUCAGAGUAAACAGAGCCCAGAGAUCUGUCACACUCAAAGGUGACCUCAGGAACCACACAGCGUAUAAUGUGUCACUGUUCGCUGUCUUCAACAACCACAGCACUUUCCUCAAGUCAGUGAUUGCAUACACACUUGAAGGAGUUCCUCCUAAAGUCCCACAAAUCCAUGUGAAGAACAUCUCUCACUCCUCUGCCACUUUGAUAUGGAGCCCCAUCCCUGUAAAUGAGAGCAAAGGUGUCAUCCUGCAUUACUUAGUGGGCAUCAAAGAAACAGGGUCUAAGAUAAGCAGUGACCGAACCAGUGCGCUGUUGUCAGAACUGCAGCCGGCCCAGCAGUACCAGGUCUGGGUGAGCGCUGUGAGCGCUGCUGGGGAAGGCGUCAGGAGCUUCACCACUUUCUCCACCAAUGAGAAAGACCGUGAUGUUAAAACAAUACUGUUUGCUGUAUUCAUACCAUUAUUGAUGUUCCUGGUAUUAGUAUGGGUUUUUACAUUGGUGUGCAAAACAACUCGGUGUUGUGUGAAGAUCCCAGAUCCAAUAAACAGUAAAACAUUUAAACAUAUGAACUUUCAGCAUGCGUGGCCCCGGCUUUGUUCUCCUUCUGAAUUGACUCUAAAGAUCUCUGAGCUGGAGAUCGUGGAGAACCUGGAUCCCAACACACCUACUCCUCCAUCAGAGACUGAAUCGGAGAAGUUUUUAAUCGAUGUGGAACCCCAACAUUUUCAGGUGCCAGAUGGACUGGGCAGAACAAAUGAAGGUGGAGAUGAGCCUGAGGAAUCAAACCGAGGAAACAUUUCAAAGCCUGACAGUUGGGCAAAGGAGUACAGCGAGAUGGUCGACACUGAUGAAGAGAAGGAUGAUGGUGAUGAUGAAGCAUGGUGGGACCAGCAAUGUGUCUCGGACUAUGAAAGACAUUUUUUGCCUUCUGUUAAAGCGAAUUAACUUUUCAUACCUCAGGAUGUUUCAUCUGUACUGUAGUGCCUUAAAUGGAACAAUCAGAAAGGGACUGUUUUACUGAAGAACAAUGUGUGCUUUUUAAUUAGACACUGAAAAGAGUUAUAAGACCAAUGUAUGCACAGUCUAUGCACAGAUUUUCACACUUACAGUCUUUCACACUAGCUGCAACUUUUAAAGGUGAUGUAUAUGUUUUGCGCCACUAGCGUCAUCAAAGGACUAUACAGGUCUCCAGAAUACUCUCCUCUUUUGCCAUUGGUCGGCCAAACAAAUGUUCUUGCCACAAACUCAAGCCAUUGGUUGAGCCAAUGUUAGGCAGGUCAGAAUGCUCAGAUAAACAAGAGCAAAGUUUUGAUAGUUCCUCAGUGGCAUGUGGUUUACACUUUUCAGGGAAUUCAGAAAAUGUCUUAUAGGUAUCUCUGCACAUUAAACCUUACAUUUUAACAUGGAAAACAAAUGAGACAGUAUUACUAAUAGAUACACAAUUGAAUGUAAAAAAACAAUUGAAUGUACAUAAAUAUUUUGAAUAUAUGAAUAUGCUUCUUAUUUGUGGCCAUUAUUUA